AUGCGGCUAUUCCCGGUUCUACUUUAUCUCCUGGGCACUCUGCUCAACUCACCUCUUGUGACCGCUGAGCGACUUAUCGAGUCCAACGCCCUCAACCUCUGUCAAGACAGCACCAAUUUUACGGCCACCUACUUCCAUGUCAAAUACACGCCUAAUAAUAAUUCCCUGGUUAUCGGUUUCGAUGGAGUUUCCGGCAUUACUGGAUUUGUCGAGGCCACGAUCGUCCUUGAUGCCUACGGUUAUACAGCCCUGAGACAAACCUUCAAUCCUUGUGAUAUGGACUUGGAGGGUCUAUGCCCUAUGAACACCGGCCCUAUCGAUGUCCGCGACAUUCCUCUUGAACUUCCAGAUGAUGUCAACGACCAGAUCCCAGGUAUCGCGUAUACUGUUCCGGAUCUUGAUGCUUCUGUCCGUAUCUAUAUCAACUCCACUGAGACUCACGAGAGUAUUACAUGCUUGGAGGCCAGUCUUUCGAACGGUAAGACUGUUUACCAAAAGGGAGUCGGUUGGGCCACCGCUAUCAUCGCUGGUCUUGGUCUUACUGCAUCUGCUAUUACCUCCGGACUUGGACACUCGAAUACCGCCGCUCAUGUUGCUGCCAAUGCUCUGUCGUUCUUCUCAUUUAUGCAAUCCCAGGCAAUGAUUGGAAUGACUUCAAUUCAUAUGCCGCCCAUUGUCCAGUCAUGGACUCAGAACUUUCAAUGGAGUAUGGGCAUUAUCCGCGUGGGAUUUCUGCAGGACAUUUGUACGUGGUAUCAGCGAUCAACAGGCGGUACCGCCACGACACUUCUUUCCGAGUUAUCCACGGUUUCCGUCGAAGUACUCAAGCGCAGGAAACGGUCUCUUGAUCCUGUGAUUGACACUGCUGUCGGCCUAGUUGGAAGAUCUGUGGAAGUAUUCUCCAAACGUGAUGGCACCGAGUCUGAACGAGCCACUUCCGAAAGCCAAGAAGUCCGUGGAAUUGAGCGUGUCGGAUUCGUCGCCGGGAUCGAAGAAACCAAUAUUUUCUUAACCGGUUUUAUCUUCUUCGUCGUUUUCGUGGCGUUGGUGAUGCUUCUUGUUGUGCUCUUCAAGGCUGGAUGUGAACUUCUUGCCAAGCAUGGGAAGAUGAAGAGCGACAAGUUUCAGGACUUCCGCAACGGAUGGAGGGUCGUCGCCCGUGGUAUUCUGUUCCGAUUGACCCUGAUCGGUUUCCCUCAAAUGUGCAUUCUUUGUUUGUGGGAGUUCACUCGAGUUGACUCUCCCGCCGAGGUGGUACUCGCUGUGAUAAUGCUCAUAUCUCUUCUAGCCGCUUUAGGCUGGGCUUCAUUCAAAGUCAUCAGUCUGGCGAAGCGCUCGAUUGCUUUGCACAAGAACCCUGCCUACAUCCUUUACUCCGAUCCGACGUGCUUGAAUAAGUGGGGUUUCCUCUACGUCCAGUACCGCGCAACUGCAUACUACUUCGUGAUUCCAGUAUUGGGUUAUCUUUUCGUCAAAGGCAUGUUCAUCGGUCUCAGCCAGCCGGCCCCUGUCGUCCAGACUGUUGCAUACGUCAUUAUUGAGGCGGCCUUCUUGAUCGCCGUCAGCGUUUUGCGACCUUGGAUGGACAAGAAGACCAACAUUUACAACAUCACGAUUGCCGCUGUCAACUUCCUGAAUGCCAUUUUCCUCCUUUUCUUCUCCAACGUUUUCAACCAGCCCGGAUUGGUAACUGGUGUCAUGGGCGUUGUCUUCUUCGUCAUCAACGCCGCCGCGGCGCUUGUGCUCUUGAUUCUGGUGCUCAUUGCUUCCGUCUAUGCCAUUGUUUCCAAGAACCCCGACACACGUUAUCAACCCAUGAGGGACGACCGUGGUUCGUUCAUCAAGUCACAGACUCAGUUGACCACUGAGUUGGACGCCCUAGGUGCCACCGCGCGCGGUGACAUGAAGACCUCUCCUUACAAGGCGAACCCUUUCGACGACGAGAACGGCUCUUUCUCCAGUGGCAACGGCGCUAGCGUUAGUCGCCAAAAUCUCGAACCCAGUCCAAAUCCGACGGCUAACCAACCGCCACACUCUCCGGUGGAUCCCUCUCUGCCUUUAUUUCCUAGUGAUCAGAGCCCCCGUGGUGCUCCUGGCUCGGACGCAAUUCAACGGUCACAUUCGCCAGUGCCGCGAAGCUUUACCUCUUCUCCAUUCCAGGGUUCAUACCGAACCCAAAACAAUCAAAGCCCAUGGCAAAGGGGGGCAGGUUAUGACCACUAA